AUGAGCUUGUUCGGUGCACCAAAGCCCGCUGGGCAGACGGGUGGCCUCUUUGGCGGCUCUGCAUUCGGAGGUAGCACAUUGGGACAGUCAACACAGCCGCAGCAGCAGCAGCAGCAACAGCCGCAGCAGCAACAAGGCGGGCUUGGCUUGUUCGGCCAGACGCAAAAUCAAGGAAGCACUUUCGGACAAUCCUUUGCCCAGCCUCAGCAGCAGCAACAGCAACAACAGCAGCAGCAGCAGCAGCAGCAGCAACAGAUGCCCAGCUUGUCGCAGUCGCAAGCGCAGCUCUCCAGUUCCCUUUGGCAACCCGGCAGAGAAACCCCUCAAAACCAGAAGCCUAUCCCGGAGCAAAUGGCGCUCAUCUUCGAGAAGUGGAACCCCACGAACCCCAAUUGCGCUUUCAAGCACUACUUCUACAACAAGGUCGACGAGGCUUCCGUCCCCUUCUACAAGCCCGGUCCUCAUGAGGACCCCAAAGAGUGGGAGGAGGCGCUGCAGAAGAAGCCCGCACCCGGCUUCAUCCCGGUUCUCUGCACAGGUUUUAACGGCGUGGCUGCGCGUUUACAGACGCAAAAGAAGGUUGUUGGCGAGCUCAAUGUUCGCCUGCAUCAGAUUAACGCCAGUCUCGAUGCUAUUUUGUCCCGACAUGAUCUUGAGACAAGCGUACGCGCCCUGGCCGCCCGUCGGAGGCACGUUGUGUUGAGGGAGAGGUGCCUUGCGCUCGCUGCGCGGGUACAGGUGCUGCGAAACCGUGGAUACGCUUUGAGCGGCGACGAAGAUGACUUGCGACUCAAGCUCGCCGAGCUGGAACGCAACGUCCAGGACCCCGCAUUGGCGGCUAGGGAGGAGGAGCUCUGGAGUAGGCUGAUUGUCUUGAGAGAUUAUGCGGACCAGUUGAUGAAGGAGGCAAACAAGCCUGCUUUCGCGAGCGGUGAAGGCUUGAGUGAGGAGACGGAGCACAAGACCAAGAAGGUCUUGGAGGACUACGAGAAGCAGAUCCAGCACCUCAAGAAGGAGGUUGAGUCGAUCACUAAAGAUUUUGAACAGUGGGAGAAGGAGCGCAACCCGCGGUAA